AUGGCCAAGCACGUGCUGCUCACGGGACCGCCAGGAAUUGGAAAAACCACAUUGAUCCAGAAAACCAUUGAAGUUUUGAGACCGUCCGUUGGCCCUAUUGAUGGAUUUUACACAGAAGAAGUGAGAGAAGGUGGCCGGAGAAUAGGAUUUGAUGUUGUCACUCUAAGCGGAAGAAGAGGAGUUUUAUCUAGGAUUGGCUCUAGCUCCUCAGUGACAAGGCAUGAAUACCGUGUUGGCCAAUAUGUAGUAGACCUAGCUUCAUUUGAACAGUUGGUUCUUCCUUUGUUGAGAUACGCUGAUCUUGACAGCAGUGGAGUGAAAAAAGUCUGCGUAAUUGACGAGAUUGGAAAAAUGGAACUCUUUAGCCAGCCCUUCACUCAAGCUGUCCGUCAAAUUCUCAGUGGCUCAGGAACUGUGAUACUUGGAACCAUCCCAGUGCCCAAAGGAAAGCCUCUGGGGCUCGUGGAAGAGAUCAGAAAUAGGAAGGAGGUGAAGGUCUUCAGUAUUACAAGGGAGAACAGAGAUAGCGUGUUGCAAGAUGUUGUGACAGCUGUGCAGAAUUGCCUAAAAUGAGAAGUUCCUUGAAAUCAUACCCUCUCAUGAACUCUUGACGGCUCAGCACACCUCUUCUUGAUGUCUGUGGGACUUCAUUGACUUAG